GAGGGAGAGAUAGAGAGUGAGAGAGAGAAUUGUCUGCCCCGGUGAGAGAUGACCUCCCCUCCUCCCCCUUGUCCACAUCCUGAUGUGGGACUUGAGUGCUGUAGUGGAGUCAUGGUGUGAGAGAGAGGUCAGUCCAUCACUUUCUAUCAGAGCCUGGACUUCAGAGCUCCCUUCGGUGGUGACAGUGAUGAACUUGCCGACCAGGGAGCAGUGCAAGGACUGGAGUUCAGCUCAGGUGGCCAGCUUACUGCGCCAGAAUCAAAUGCGAGAAUGUGCUGCAACUGUUGAAAGAAUGAGGAUUAACGGACAGAGGUUUAUGAAUCUGUCUGACAGUGAUAUGAGCAGGUUCAGCCUCAUCCACCAGCCCCAGCUUCAGAAGAUGGUCCAGGAUAUCAAGAAGAAUGAUGGCAGUAUCCUGAACAGGCUGAGAAGUUGCCUAUCAACUUGAAUGGACGCUAUCAUGGACAUCCCUAAACUGAACCACACUGAACAAUACAAUGGUGUCGGACAAGAUGGCUGACGUUUUACGGUCCCCCAAACCAAUUGUGCUAUUAUUUAAAAACAAAUCCGCUCCAAAAGUACCUGUGAGAGACUAUCAAGGUGAUGACUUGGAUGGUGAACAGUGGUCUGAAAAUGAGUUUGAUAGUGACACUUAUGAGGAACCUCAAGGGGAGCAGGAUGAUAGCUAUGAGCCUCCUCCCAGUCAGAGUGUCUUCACCACCACCACCUCGUCUGCCUACUUCCCCAGGGGGGACUACGUAGACAGCUGCCGUGACAGGCCAACCCACCCACCCAGGAAGCCCAUCUGCCUACCAAAACUCACCAGACCAUCACUUCCCCCCAAACCCAACCAGCAGGACGACAAUGAGGAAGACUACGUCAUCCCAAAAAGUGAUGAUGAAGACAACUAUAUAGACCCCACAGAGGAACCUCCUGCUAACCGUCCAAUGCACGGAAGAGGCAAACCAGUAGAGAGCAGUCCUUCGAUGUCUAAGACUGUGCCAGAUCGCUCAAAUAGCCCAGAUGUGUAUGAAGUUCCUGACAUUGAGGAAAACUCUCCUCCCCCAGUGAGCAGACCUUCCACACUCAAAGUCCCUGCACAGGGUUUUCCCCCUAGAGCCAGCCCAAGAAUGCACCUAAAGACAUGUCCACCUAACCCAGUCCAGGAGCCCAUAGAUGAUGAAUAUGAAGUGUGCGAUCCAGAUGAAAGUGGCAGUACAAAGUCUGCUGAGAAGGCCCUGCCUGUGCUUCCCAAACCAAUGCCCAGAGAGACGAAGCCAUUGAAGCCACCUUUAAGGCCGAGGCAAGAUAUCGCAUCCAGGGAAAAUGAAGGCCCAACACUGGCCAUGAGGCACAGUACCCAGAAACCCACGACCACAACCCAGCCCUCUGAAUACAAACGUGACAGGAUUCCUCUGCCACAGAUGUUUACCUCUCCUAAACCUGACAGAGGAACCGUACCCACAGCUGAAAAAAAGUUGACGGAUGCUGAAGAGGGGGCAGAUGUCUUGAAGAAACCCUGGUAUGCCAGCACCUGUGACCGUAAGACAGCUGAGGAUGCUUUGGUUCGCUCAAAUAAGGAUGGGGCAUUUCUAAUAAGGAAAAGCUCUGGUCAAGACAGACAGCAGCCAUACACUUUAGUGGUGUAUUAUAACAGUAGAGUCUACAACAUCCCAGUACGCUACAUCCAAGCAUCGCAGCAGUACACUCUUGGAAGGGAGAAGAAAGGAGAGGAGCGUUUCACCAGUGUUUCCCACAUCAUUGAGAACCAUCAGAGGAACCCCCUGGUACUGAUUGACAGCCAGAGGAACACCAAGGACUUCACCAAACUGUGCUAUGCUGUGAAGCCAUAGACCUCACUAGACCCUCACUAGUACUAUGGACCAUCCCAAAUCAGUGUGUCUAGUGUUAGACCUGUGUGCAAAUCAACAGGCAAUUUGAUGCUGCACUCAAGUCUGAUCUUACAGAGCAUCUGUUCAGGGUUUGUGAACAACAGUUUAGUCACAUUCACCAGCCAUGGCUACCCAAGCAAGACCAGCAUGAAAUGUACAUAAUGUACUGUGUUAGCUCAGUCAAAUUGUUCAUGUUUGGGAAUAUUCAAACUUGAGUUGAACAUUUUGCAUUCUAUGGGGUCUUUUCCAACAAGCAUUAUCCCAUAGACAGUGCCAUUAUGUAUUCUUAAAGAAAAACAGAUUAUAGAAAUGUUAUGAAUAGAAUGUAACGUAGUAUACAUACACUGAACAUAAAUAUAAAGGCAACAUGCAAACAUUUUUAAAUGUUACACAGUUACAGUUCAUAUAAGGAAAUCUGUCAAUUGAAAUAAAUGUAUUAGGCAGUAACUUGUGGAUUUCACAUGACUGGGAAUAAAGAUAUGCAUCUGUUGGUCACGGAUACCUUAAGGUAGAGGUGUGGAUCAGAAAACCAUCA